AUGAGAUUAACACGUCAGGCAAGACACCAUAACACUUCUCCUCCCACUUCUUCCGCCGACGACGCUUUUCCAACCCUCCAGCUUUUCAUCUUAGAGCCGAUCGCGUUGACCUCCAUCUUCCCAUACUCCUGGGUAAUGGUUAAGGAUUUCAACAUCGGAGACAAGAGCAAUGCAUCUUUCUACGCUGGAAUUAUUAUUUCCGCCUUCGCCUUGUCGGAGAGCCUGACUGGAAUGUUCUGGGGGAGUCUUUCGGACAGAGUGGGUCGCAAACCUGUUCUUCUUUUAGGAUGCGCUGGCACCGUCCUGUCUCUUAUGAUCGUUGGGUUUUCCCGGAACUUCUGGAUGGCUCUCCUCGGCAGAGUUGUUGGAGGCCUUCUAAAUGGCAAUGUCGGUGUUAUCCAGACAAUGGUCGGUGAAGUAGUCAAGAAGCCGGAACAUGAACCGAUUGGAGGUACAUUUGCACAGCCUUAUAAAUCAUUCCCUUCGCUGUUCCCUCGAUCAGGCUUAUUUGGUACUUUCCCUUACCUCCUCCCUAACAUAAUAUGUUCGCUGCUACUAUUCAUCAGUAUCGUUUCUGGGUACUUAUUCCUGGAUGAGACGCAUCCUGACCAUCAGCCCCAGUAUAUUCGAACUGAAAAUACUGAGCAACAUACCGACGAGGAUGAGGGAGAAACUAUCGGUGCACCUCUCUAUGCAGUUGCUACGGCUGGUUCAACAGCCCACGCAGGUGCAGACUUGACGGCCAAGUCGUAUGGCACCUUUAACGAGGUUGACAUGCACGAGGAUGAGGAAUGGUAUGUCCGGCCAGACGGGAAAUCCUUUCCCGCACCAGACUUGGGAAAAGUCUUCACAAAGCGUGUGACAAUGCUCAUAAUCGCUUUGGGAAUCUUCACCUACCAUUCCAUGACAUAUGACCAUCUACUUCCCAUUUUCCUCCAGGAUAAGCGAGACGGACUCAUAAAUCAUCCAGUUCUGUCCCCCUUGGAUAUCCCUGGAGGCUUAGGUCUAUCGACCCAAACCGUCGGAUUAAUCAUGGCCGUAAAUGGAGUCAUUGCCUUGAUAAUUCAGGCUGUUAUCUUCCCCGUUCUUACCGAAUGGCUGGGUGUAUGGAGCGUCUUCGUUCUCGUCACCAUCCUCCAUCCGGUGGCGUACUUUAUUGUCCCCUUCUUGGUCUUCCUGCCGACCAGCCUCUUAUACCCAGGCAUCUACACAUGCCUCACAAUCCGAAAUCUCUUCUCCAUCCUAGCCUACCCAGUGCUCCUCAUAUUGAUCAAACAAGCCAGUCCGUCGUAUGCUGUCCUCGGAAAAAUCAACGGCCUUGCUGCUUCUGCUGGCGCUGCUUGUCGAACACUUGCCCCACCAAUCGCCGGAUACCUUUAUACUGUCGGAACCCGAGCCGGAUUUACCGGAAUUGCUUGGUGGGCUAGCAGUCUAGUUGCCAUAUUCGGAGCCAUGCAACUUUGGUUUAUGAGAGGUAAACCACAUACCAGUGUUUCUGUAUUGGCUCGUCCGCCGUGUUUCCCUAGACAUGUGGAAGCCCAUCCCCAAGUUAUCCAUGUCCACGUGGAAGAGGAGGAGAGCCAGCAUGAACGUCAGCCUUUGGUAUGA